CCUCAUCGACCAUUGCUCGGGGUGCUCGAGAUACAUACACGCACUUCUCUCUGAACCGGGUCGUUUACUGUGUUUCUGCAUGGCUUCCUCCGCAGCCUUCUUCUUCCUCGUUGCUGCUGCUUUGCUACUGCACUUCGGUUGCUGCCACGGGCAAGGUAAUGCUGGCAAUGGCGGCGCCGUGGCCGCGAUCUACAGCCUCGGAGACUCCAUCACGGACACGGGGAACCUGAUCAAGGAGGCGCCGCCCGGCGCGUUCGAGACCAUCAAACAUUUCCCCUACGGCGUCACCCUUGGCUACCCCACCGGCCGCUGCUCCGACGGCCUCCUCAUGAUCGACUACCUCGCUCAGGACAUGGGCCUUCCGUUCCUGAACCCGUACCUGGCCAAGAACAGGAGCUUCGACCACGGGGCGAACUUCGCCGUCGCCGGAGCCACCGCCAUGGACCCCGCCGACCAGUUUAACGGCAGCUCCUCCUCCAUGCCUUUCACCGUCAACUCCCUCAAGCUGCAGCUCCGGUGGUUCAAGAACUUCAUGAAGUCCAGCUUCGCCACCGAUCAAGCAAUACGCAAAAGGCUCCAAUCUUCUCUUGUCAUGGUCGGGGAGAUCGGGGGAAACGACUACAACUUCGCAUUCUUCGGCAACAAGUCUAUGGGAGAGGUGGAGAAACUGGUCCCAGGUGUCGUGAAGACCAUCAUCGAUGCCGCCAAGGAAGUGCUUGACAUGGGCGCAAGCAGGGUCAUCAUCCCGGGCAACUUCCCCAUUGGCUGCAUCCCGGGGUACCUGACUUCGAUGGCAUCGUCAGAGCCGUCCGCCUACGACUCCAUGGGCUGCCUGAAGGAGCUCAAUCUCUUCGCCGCCAAGCACAACACCAAGCUCCAGCGGGCCAUCGCCGACCUCCGCACGUCAUACCCGGACGCGUCCAUAGCCUACGCCGACUACUUCAACUCCUUCUUCAGCCUCCUCAAAGGCGCCUCAGACCUCGGUUUCGACGCGAAUAGCACGCACAAGGCGUGCUGCGGCGCCGGCGGCAAGUACAACUACGACGAGAUGAAGAUGUGCGGCGUGGAGGGGACGACGACGUGCGAGGACCCGUCGGCGUACCUGAGCUGGGACGGCAUACACAUGACGCAGGCGGCGUACAAGGCCAUGUCCAGGCUGAUCUACCACGGGAAGUACCUGCAGCCGCAGAUACUGAAUUUCCCAGAGGGGAAUGGGCAGACAUGAUAAACUGUCUGACGCUCCACCAUGGAAGAACCUUUUGCCGCGACAUUUUGAGCCUUCAACGGGUUCUUCCGUCUGAUCUGGUGGCCAAUAGUACUUUGCAUAAGAGUCAGUCAGUUACAUCAGCAUAUAUAUGCUAGAAUGAUAUGCACGUAAUGUAUCCAGUAGGUGAACGUUGCAGUUUUACCUCAUGAGAAAUCUGACAGGUGAUAAAUGAUACACUAUUCCAAAAGAAAAAUGAUAAGGUUUUGAUUCA